GCUUUAAAAGCAGAAUAGCCGACCAACGAAGAUGAACAACCAAACGGAUUGAAGAAAAAGGGCGUUACAGCGAUUUGCGAUUCCUGGAUCAAUCGAUCAACCGUGACAGAACAAUAAGAAGGUGAAAUUCAAUAUGCGGUAACGUGGAAUAAGGAUCCUGUAGUAUUUGAUUUGCUUACUCUGACCAGUGUAUAAGGUACUGAAGAUACCACAAGAUUUGGCUGUUUUCUUGGUAAGUAUACUACAAUAAGUGAUACAAGUGACCGUUCAUGGGUUACUUUUGUCUGUGUGACAUACUGACAUGCUAUUCUUGCAUUAUUAUUUAUUUAGCAAAUAUUCCCAAAGCCUUCAGUUUAGAGAUACUUUUUCACACAAUUAUUUAUUUAGCCUUGCUUUUGCAUUGUAGUAGAUCCCCGCGCCCAUCAAAAGGGAACAAUUUUGUUGCAUUGUGUCAUGUUUUAUACGCUAUGACAUCAUAAAGUUGAGGCCCUUUUCACCAUUAUUCAGGGAUCUGCCAUGUGGCUUCUGAUAUAAAAAGUUCGUGAUUUGCACAAUUCCAUUUUAAUGAUGUAGUGUUAGUUGCUUUCUAUUUUCUAUUUACAGAGAGUCUAGAGUGCUAUUUUACAAAUGGGAUGUUACAAAAAAAAAAUUGAAGCUGUGUUUUAAGCUGACAUCUACUGUCAAAAUUGAAUUCUUAUUAGUAUUAAAUAAGUAGGAUUGUAGGGUAUGUUGCUGCAUUAGUUUUUCUUUGACAUCAUAGACCAUUGCAAAAUUAAUGGUUUUAGUGUUAGUAACAGUUUGAACUCACAUCACCAGUGCACCUAAAUGGCAACUUUAAAACAAAGCACGCGAGAAGAGGCAAAUAACAAUCAUGCUCUUCUCCGUAAGGAAUGGGAUGAAGCUUCAUGCCCGAUAUGCAUGGAUCACCCACACAAUGCUGUCCUUCUGCUUUGUAGUUCUCAUGAUAAAGGGUGUAGAUCUUACCUUUGUGACACAAGUUAUAGGCACUCAAACUGUCUUGACCGUUUCAAGAAAGUCCCUGAAGAAACUUUUCAUUUGCCCCCAUCUCCACCAACAUCAGAAUUAAACCAGAGCCUCAGAUGUCCUUUAUGUCGGGGGGAUGUGUUUGGGUGGAAAGUCAUGGAAGAAGCUAGAGACCACCUCAAUUUGAAGCUUAGAAAUUGUUCUCGUGAUUCAUGCACGUUUGUAGGCAACUAUAAGGAAUUGCGGCUUCAUGCCAGGAGGGCCCACCCCACAGUCCGUCCAACUGAGGUUGACCCAUUAAGACAAAGAGCUUGGAGAAGCCUUGAAGAACAGAGAGAGUAUGAUGACAUCAUCAGUGCUGUUAGAACGGCUAUGCCAGGGGCUAUGGUCUUUGGGGACUAUGUGAUAGAGAAUGUUGGAGGAAAUAGGGUUUCUAGUUCAACCGGUAAUAAUAGGGAUAGGGGGGCUGGAUUGAUGAGUACAUUUUUUCUCUUUCAGAUGUUUGGAUCAAUGGGCUCAAUGCCUGAUCUGAGAAGGGGUGAUGGGGGGUCAGGGGAUUUGUCGAGGCAUCGUCGUUCGAAUAAUGGACCUUUUUCAAGGCGUCGCUCUCUUUGGGGUGAGAAUCUUUUAGGACUUCAAGAUGAAGAGAGAAACAGGGAAGAUAAUGAUGACUCUAACGUGAUGAGUGAUGGGGCUCCCUCUGAUAGGAGGAGGAGAAGGAGGCGUAGGUUUAUUUGAUCUUUCAAUGUCAAAUGAAGAUCGCCAGCAGCAUUAAACGGUGGUCAUUCUGGUAGUGUAAUCUCAUGGAUCAUGAGUUUAGAACCCGUUUUGGUAUGGCUUGAAAUAGAUAAAUUGAAACUGUUUAAGGAUGUUUUUACUUGGACUGUAAUUCCUCCCAGACCGGUUCAGAUCAGACUAGACUUGGAUAGUUAUAAAAAUACAAAGAAAUCAGACCAGUUCAGACCAUACCAGACCAGCAAAUUACAGUCCAAGUAAAAACAUCAUAAAUUGUCCUGAAUCGGUUGAGUCAUUUUUAAAAUAAGGUUUAAGUAUGUUUUUAAUCUUUGCAAUAUAUUACAUUUUGUUUUACGUCUCUUUUUAGUUUUUCAUCCCUGAAAUUUAGGUUAGUUUUCUUUUUAGUCCAUCACCAACUAUAACAACCUUUGUGUACUUUAACAUGUUACUAAAAAGUAUUUCAUUUUAUUUUUAGAAUGUUUUUAGUACAUAUUUUUAAUGUGAAUAAUUACUUUUACAUUUUUUAACUUUCAUUUUAGUCUAAAAAAAUAUACAAAUUAUAAAAGGAUAAAUGUAAAAGUCUUUCGUAGAUUUAUUCAAUCAACAUAUAUUUUUUGUAAAUAGAAUUGUUUUAGAAUUAGAGAUGGACUAGAAAUAAAAUAGUUCAUAUUACAGGGAUAAAAAUAUAUUUAGCGGACGCUUAAAACAAAGUGGGUCUUAUUUGUAGGGAUUAUAAAUGUAUUUAAAUCUAAAAAAUAAAAGAAGUGUUAAUUUUAGCCAACCAAACGGGUUCUUAGCAUCUCUUAUGUUAUUAUAUUGGAUGUUGCGGUUAGACUUAAAUCAAAUUCUUCUAUUGUCCCGCCAAUGUGCAGAGACCCCUCAGAACCAUAAACUUGAUGCAACUCAUUCCCUGAGUUUUCAGCAAAGGACAGAUUUGUUUGGAAAUGGACAAUAAUUGAGGGUGCUGGUGAUUUAUUUUCCAUUUGUGAUCCAUCUUAAACUGCAACAUUUGUAUAUACUCGUUUGUUUUUCCUGUAAUCAUUCUAUGUACAAGUGUAAUACUGUUGUUCACUCAUACAAUCGUAUGUGUUAUCUAUUGAAACUUAUCCAUUGAAACUUUAGUGUGGUUCUAUUUUUGCAUGUGCU